AUGGCCAAAGGUGAUCUUGCUUCAGGUUCUAGUCCAAUCGUUAGUGCCCUGAAUGUACGAGUGCAGAAGGUCGUGUCCGAGGUUGGUAGGGUUGAAUAUGAAGGUGACAAAGAUCCAUACAAGGGGCUUUCACCAGAAGACAAGCAGAAAGGAAAGCAACUUGCAGCAGCAUGGAUAAAGAUGGAUAAAGCUGCAGAAUGCAAGACAAUUCUGCAACAACGAAGUAUUUACCUCGUUGGAUUGCCUGCAAUUGGAAUCGAACAGAUCGGGAGUCUUAUUGCGAGAAGAUUUGAAAAUUACAGGUACCUGAACAUGAACGACGUAAUAGCUAGUGCAUCUGGCCAAGGAGAAGUGGAGAGUAGCAAGGAGUUGAUUUCGAAGAUGGGAGAAGAAGCUUUCCGAGAGGUGGAAGAAGCGGUGCUAGAUCAGCUGCAGGCCUUGCUUCGAUCUGUGAUCUCGACCGACGCUGGAGUGGUCUUGAGGCCAUCAAACUGGGGCAAGAUGAAUCAGGGCAUCGUCGUCUAUGUUGAAGCAGACAUCGACAAGCUUGCCGCCCAACAGAGCAUCUGGAGCAAAGAGGAGCUCCAAGAUAUUCAAGCGCGAUGUUCGGAAAUGUUCAAGCAGGCGGACGUAAAGGUGAAGAUUGACGUGGGGAAUGCGGCAGACAACAUAGCUGUUUCUAUCAUCGAGAGCAUGACGAGGGAACUAAAGCGAAGCAAACGAGGAUCUGGCUCAGCUUCUCCUUAG